AGUUCAUCAAGACAAUUCCAAACUUGUUAAUAUCUACCAAAAUUACAAAAAGAAUAGAUAUAAGCAAGCUAUUGAUAUUUAUUUUAAAUCUUUGUCUGCUACUGUUCUUGACGAUGAAAAGGACUCUAUUGAUAGAGCGCUAACCGAGAAAACAGGAAAAGCGAUUCGAAAUCGCAUCGAUGAUCUCCUUCCUAACGAUCAAGUAAAUUCUAAAAAACCUCGUUUGACGGAAUCUGUUAAUAGUUCUUCAAAUUUAAUUUCGACCGAUUCAAAAAUCAAUCAAGUUGAUGAUAUUACUGAUUUGCCUAACGAAAAAGAUGAUAAAUCUAGACAAUACAAAAUUUGUUACCAAAAGGGUCGCUUAACAAAUGAAACACCUACUCAACAAUUGGACGAAACUGCGCAAAUAUCAAGUUCUACGAUCGCCACUGAAGUCGCUACCGAAGCAUUAAGCUCUACCGUUGAGAACGAUAGUUUUAAGACACCUAAUAAAUGUGGACAAAAAAAUAAUGACAAAUCAGUAUUGAAUGGAGUAGACGUUCGAAACUAUUUGCAAUACACUGCUGCAAUGAUUAUGGGUGUUCCAUUAAAAGACUUAGAAGAUCAUUCUUUGUCCUUGUUUGAAGCUGGAAUGAAUGAGUCAGAAAGCUUGAUAUUCAUGAAAAAAAUUGACAACAUUCUUCCAGCUGGCGUUGAAAUAACCACGUCAUUCAUCUCUGAACAUCCAAAUAUAGACUCGAUCGUAAAGUUCAUCAUGGACAUAGUAGAUGGAAAUAAACAUCCCGAAAAUGAUAAAGAGAUUCAAAUAGAGCAGCUACAGCAUUCUUUGGAAGACAUUGUAGAUAAAUACACUCUUUACAUUCGAGAUAGUUAUACCCAAUCCGAAAUAGUUGCUUCCCAAAAAAUCACUAAAAAAAUUAGAACACCUAAACAAUCUCUUAAACGUGCAUUCUUACGUAACAAUCUGGACACCUCUUUGGUUGACUCUGACAGAUUGAUCGCCCUCGGUGCUAAUUUAUCUGAACCUUAUCUGGGUUUAUCAGAGAACCAAUAUGAAAUCAUAUUAAACGACAUCACUACAAUAAUACAUGGCGCUUUUGGCGCAAAACCUGGUAUGCCUUUAACCGCUUAUGAAAAUUCGGCUAUUCUUGGAACUGCGAAUUUAUUACUUUUUAGUGCUCAAAAGGAAUUUCAUUUCAUAUCAAGUAUUGAUGCCUGUAUUAACAGUUCCUGGGAAAAUGUGCCUGAAGGCAUAUUGCCUUUGAAAGCUUCUAUCACUACCUGUGAUGGGUUUGGACUUUUGAAGCUAGCCAUUGAAACAAUCAUUACAAACACAUUUGAUUAUUUACAGUUGGAACAGGUUAGUAUCAUCAGAAUAGGUCAGAUUACCUCUCACACAGAAACUGGUGUAUGGGAUCCGAAUGAAUGGGUUCCAAUGCUUUUAGGAAUUGCUGGUUUAUCUGGUCGAAUGCCGACAUUUGACGCAAAUCUGGAUUGGAUUCCUGUAGAUGUUGCCGCAAAAGCAAUUAUAGAUUUAGUAUCAUCUGAUGCAAUAUUCAGAAUACAAGUGUUUCAUAUAGGUAACCCAAAUCCAACAAUAACGUGGGUUCAAUAUUUGGAUAAGCUUGAAGAAUCUGGAAUGAAAUUUUCUAGGCAAGAAUUACCGAAAUGGUUGGAGAAAUUAUGGAUUGAUGUUGAAGAAAAUUCUUUUGAUGAAAAUGUUUGUUCAUUAUUAACUGGACAUUUUAAUAGAAUGGCCUUCAAUCCUGAUAACGACAAAAAAAAUCGUGCCUUACUAGAUCUAACAAACACAAAAUCACUGACUAGUGUAUUGUCGACAUGUCCAAGUUUAAAUAAUGAUUCUCUAAUUAAAUCUAAUAUUGAUUGGUUAAAAGAUACUGGCCAUUUAUCAGAAAUUGGUUUAGAUCAACAAAAAUCAUUAUCGAAAUCAAGACUUAAGUUAAAAGAGAAUGGUGACCCUGGAUUUUGGGAUUGGAUUUAUGUUACCAUACCUUUGAUGGUCCUAUUUUUUAUUAUUGAUCUUUUAUGGAACAUCUUCUCGAGGAGUUUUAUGGAAGUUACUGUUGUGGCAGGCUGGAUUGUUACUGUCAUGUUUGUUAAUGAUAACGCUGAUAAUCAAAGAUUAUUAAGGGAUUCACCAUUGGAUACGAGAGUGGAUAUAAAAAGACAUGAAAAUAAUG